ACGCUGCAUAGAAAAAAAAAGGGGGGCAGGGGGGCCGACCGCAUCAGCCAGCGGGAACGGGGACCGCAGCCAGCCACCAUGAGUACCAUGAAGUUCUGCCGCGAGUGCAACAACAUUCUGUACCCAAAGGAGGAUAAGCAGAAGAAGACGAGGUUGCUGACAGCUUUUGUGUCUAUAGAAAUGAAGUGCACCAUACGGUUGGUGAACGCACUCAAAUCCUACAAGAUGUCGCAAAUGAUCCUACUCUUCCUCGCACCAAGGAUGUCAGAUGCGUGAAAUGCAACCAUCCUGAAGCUGUGUUUUUCCAGGCUGCUAGUAGAGGGGAAGAAGGUAUGACCCUGUUCUUUGUCUGCUGCAACCCAAGUUGCGGAUAUCGGUGGAGAGAUUGAUGAGUAGAUGCCACCGUGCAGUUAAUGUCAUGGUCAUAUGACUCCACGAGAGCUUCAAAUGGCCUACCAAUCUGCUUAUUGGCCAACAAAAGACCAUGAACAUUCCUGCCCAGAGUUAAAAGUACUACUUGGGAAUGGUAUCAUAUAUCAGUGUGAGAUUUAGCUUUUGGUGCAUCAUCUUUGCGUGGUGUGUUUCCCUCCCUAAUUUGAGAAGUAAUGAUACUAGAGCAGGUACCACACAAAUAGAUUGUGGCCACAGAAUUGCGGUUGGCACCAAUGCAGAUUAGGAAGCUAGCUUCUCUGUGGACCAUUUAUCUUGAUUCCAAACUAUCCUACCUAACUUUCAUCAAUCUACGUCAAGAGUAGCUUCGUUUGUCUUGCUGGCCAUGAAAUAAUUUCUCGUCCUGCUAUCACCUCCUGUAUGUGCCUUUCAGGUCCUGUGUGAACUUCGUUUGAUUGGGGACACAACUUUCCAUAGUGGUACAACGGGCCACACACCUUUCGGCCCUUCUUACUUGAAUCAGUAUGACAGCUUUUACACCCACCUCUGACGUGCCUCCCCUUUUUCGAGUGUGACAGCUUCCGCAAUGCCUCCUGAUUUCAUAGGAUUAUGAAACAGCCCUUAAUCCUGUGAUCUUCUGUAGGGAAAGAGGUGAAGAUUAGCACCUGGUAAUUACUCUAACCAAAAAAUAAAUGGAGCCAUGUGAGCUAGCAAUGAUGAAAGGGUUCGGGUUGUAUUUUUGGCACAUCAUCCUUUGUUUUUUAGCCAUUUAUAAUGUUGGAUUGUGCAA